UAGAAAAUAUGGGACUGCAUAUUUUUUGGCCAGCAUCCACUUGUUUAACCCUUUUGGUUGUCUGUGUAAUAAUAAUUUUACUAAGAUACGGUUCACGUAUUUGUAAGCUACGGCACGCACCGUUGCCAUCUGAUCGAGAAUGGGAAGAAAAGGCGUAUUCUCGAAAACUUUCAGUUUCUAUGGCGUAAAAUUAGAUAGAUAUCACUAUAUGUUUUCACAUCAUGUUACGGAUCUGUUUCGUAUUAGAAAAGAAUUUAGAUUAAAUUAGAAUUUAUUUUACCAUA